GUUACACAUACGUACACAGUUCCAUUGGCCAUUUUUUUAGAAAAAAUGAGUUUCAAACUUUCAAUUGUAGUUUCUUGAUUACAAUUUUGUUUUUCUUUGUCAGCAUCAACCGUUACUCUCAAAAGUAAUUUAAUUUUCUCUCCGUUCCUGCGUUAUUUCCCAUUUCAUUUUCCCAUCUUCUAAAAUAGAGGUCAUAACCAAAAUAUAAAAUCUUUCCAAAAUAAAAUCAAAAGCUUUAUAGAGAAGGAGAGAUGAUGACGCAGCCGGCUAGAUCUCCAAUGUCACAGACGACGAGGCCGGUUUAUAUUGUGAAUAGCCCAACGAACACAGACGUAGAAAAGAUAUCAACCGGAUCAGGUUUUAGCCCAUACGGUUCACCAAUUAACCGUCAAGGCCAGGUCAGCCACUACCAUCAUGACUCUGCGGCCGAGUCAUCUUCGACUCCACGGGUCUCUGGACCAUUGAGAAACGAGUACAGAAGUGUCAAAUUGCAUGAUCUUGAACGCCGAAUCUACGAGGAUCAUGACAAUGAUGAAGACUACAAUGAAAUGGACGGUCCGGGUGAGAGGAGGAGAUGGAACACGAGGUUUUACUCGUGCUUGUUGUUUACGUUGGUGUUGGCCUUCUCCCUCUUCUGUCUCAUUUUGUGGGGCGUUUCCACAUCUUUCUCACCUAUUGUCAAUUUGAAGGAGAUGGUAUUGGAGAGCUUGAACGUGCAGUCCGGGAACGACCAAUCGGGAGUGCUCACAGAUAUGUUAACCCUGAAUUCAACGGUCACAAUCCUAUAUAAAAAUCCUGCAACGUUCUUCACUGUCCACGUCACCUCCUCUCCCCUCCAGCUCAGCUAUUCCCAGCUUAUCCUCGCCUCCGGUCAGAUGGAAGAGUUUUCUCAACGUAGGAAAAGCGAGAGAAUCAUUGAGACCAAAGUAUUAGGGAAUCAAAUUCCUCUGUACGGAGGCGUACCGGCUCUUUAUGGUCAACGAGCUAAACCGGACCAAGUCGUUUUGCCUCUUAACCUGACUUUCACGUUGCGAUCGCGAGCCUAUGUGCUCGGCCGAUUGGUCAAGAGUAAGUUCCAUUCGAACAUCAGAUGCAGCAUCACUCUGUAUGGCGAUAGACUUGGCAAAAAACAUGAUCUCUCCAAGUCUUGUUCUGAUCAUUGACCAAUAUGAACAUCAUAAUGAUCAGUUCUGAGUUAGACAAGAUGAGAUUAUUUCAUGAUAUAAUCGGUGAAAUAUACAUGUAAAGAGGGAUGAAACUGUCUUUUUUUUUUUUUAAUAUUACAUUUUUCAUUGUCAUAGCUAGCUAGAGCGUAGAUACUCUUAGUUGUAUG